ACUAAUGAUCUAUGGAAAUAUGAUUCUUAAUCUGACACUUGCUGCUUUCACAAAAUUCAUGUGAAAUUACUUUUAUAUACAGGAUGAAUGAUUAUAAAAUGCCUAUUAUCGAGCCUACUAUCGAUUACACAAAGGUGGAAAUAUUUAAAUAUACAUUUUCCUUUGCAUGUUCCACCAAUAAACCAAAAAAGAACAAUUUCUUUUAUUAAUCAUUUUAUUAUACAUACCGUAACUUUCCUUAAUAAAUUUGCGCUAUCAUGCGAAGAAAAAUUAUUUGAAUUUGAAAAUAAACUUCAAAGAGUGGAAGCAUCUCUAGCAAUUCUAGAAUCUCGGUUAUCUUCGAUACCAGACUUGCAACCAACUACAGACAUUCAAAAUGAUAACGUCAAAGAAAACAAUGAAGUUAAAUCUGAGAAUGCGAAGGUCUCAAAAAUAGAUGAACCAGAUAACGUAGAGGAAAAUAAAUCUAGUAGCAAUGAAUCUUCUACACAGCAGGUUGAAAGAGAUCCUCGUUAUGAUAAAUAUUUUACAAUGAUUCAUUUUGGUGUAAAAAAAGAAUCUGUCAAAUUACAAGUACAACAAGAAGGACUGGAUCCAACUGUUUUGGACAAACCUCCUCAACAUAUAUCUUCUAAAACCAAACCAAACGUGGCAGAUACAGCUGCGAAUCAAGGUGACUAACUCGUUGAAUAUUACAAACAUGCUAUCGUUAACAUACUUGUUAUAUAGAAAAGAAAUCACUCUUAAUAAAAUAAACAAAUAUAAAAAUUCUGAA